GUCACCCUGGUGAAAACUUGCGAGGGAAGGCGAAGGGCGGUUCUCUUGAAGCGCUUGAACUUGAAGUAGGCCUAAUGCCAGUUUUUCAAAGACUGUAACCGCCAAUAAUCAUUUUGAAGGCGUGAUACUGCAUCCUAAAUUAAAAUACUACCAGCAUUUCUUCCUGUGCUGAAGCAGUCAAGCAAGGCCCAAGUAUGAGACAACAAUCUGGCCCUAUCUCAGUCACACGGCUUGUUGCCAUCUUGAUCCUGUGUGCAGUCAUGGUAAACUGCGCCGACGAUUUUGCAGCGAUGACGAAUCAAUCGAUGAACGACUUGCUGGUGCCCGUGAUGACGACGUUCUUCGGCCGUGGGCUGUACCAGGCAGGCCGGUCUCAAUUCCAGGCGCCAACCUCGGAAGAUACAAUCUCUCCAACAUGCAUGGACUAUCUGUCCCACCUCAGCACAAACUACAAAGCCCUGGAUGCGUUUGGCAAGCCUGGAGCAGGUUUGUUGGAAGGGAAUGCUGUCUGGCUAGGCAACUACGACGAAUGUCUAUCCAUUAAGGAGUUCAACUACUGUCUUUCUGAUAUAUUGUUGAAUGCAACGAAGAUCGGAAUCAAGGGUGUGCCAGUGAUUUAUGUCCGCUGGGGAUUAUGUGCACCAGCUUCCUGCACCAAUCAGGACUUGUUGGGCGCGCUGCAAUAUUUUUUAGAUCUUCUUGAACUGAAGUAUGUGGAAUUUAAAGCGAUAACUGCCGCAAGCGUGACUUGCUCGGAAUCUCCUCCGAUACCGUACAGUGCUGGCGUCAUCUGCACAAUUGUCCUGUUGUCCACAUUAGGAGUUCUAAUGAUCAUUGGUUCACUAUAUGACGAAUGGUUGCGUCUCGACACCAAGAAACUGAAGAGGCACGGGCGUUGGCUGUACUGUGCCGUGAUCAACAGCGGUGAUGAUGCUAAUGAUACUGACGAGGAUGCUGACAAUAUUGACAGCUGUGAUGAUGACGUCGAGCCACUGUAUGGACGAGAAACGGCCCAUCGUUGGAAUUUGUCUAUCAAACAUGACGCAUCGGAAGUGAGCCUGCUGGGCAGAAUCCUCCUCUGCUUUGCCGUGACCCGUAACCUGUCCAAACUCCUGGACACCCAGCAGAAAGACACCAGCAUCGGCUCGCUGAACGGCAUCCGGGUCAUCAGUAUGAGCUGGGUCAUCCUGGGUCACACCCUGUUCUUCUCGAUAAGCACCGGCGCAACCCAAAAUAUUCUUGUUGUGCUCGAGUGGUUGCAAAGCUUUGGUUUCCAAGCGAUUUCAAAUGCAUUUUUUGCCGUGGAUUCGUUCUUCUUUCUCAGCGGUUUCUUGGUCUCCUUCUUGACGUUGAGUCGUAUGCAAGAAAUGAGGUCAGCGAAAGCAUGGGCCUGGUUUUAUUUCCAUCGUUACUGGAGAUUGACUCCAGUCCUGGGCCUGACCAUUCUGGUGUGGAUGUACAUUCAGCCGUUCUUUGGUGACGGUCCGCUCUGGUACACCAGCACCGCCAAGCCUUCAUGUGAGAAGUACUGGUGGACGGAUCUCCUGUACAUCAACAAUUUCUACCCGCAAGGGUUCAUGUCAGAGUGCAUAGGAUGGGUGUGGUACCUGGCUAAUGAUAUGCAGUUCUUUGUCAUCAGUCCUCUGCUUCUCGUUCCUCUAUUUUAUGCGCCUGUGAUUGGCUGGAUUGCCCUUGUGUCGUUAACAGUCGUCUGCAUGAUUGUGACAGCAGUAAUUAUGGUCGAGUACAAUGCCUCCAUGGAUAUCUUAGGAAUUGCAGCAUCAGCAAAGAAUGGCUACGGACUGGACGACGAUUCCUUAAUUUACGAUAAGCCGUACUGCCGCAUCGCUCCGUACCUUGUCGGGGUCGGACUGGGCUACAUCGUGCACAGGAUUGGCAGCCGCAGAAUCAAGAUGUCGCCGUUCUUCGCCGUAGCUGGCUGGCUGGUGGCAGCGGGCAUCGCCAUCAGCGUUGUCUACGGCUUUUACCCAUCGUACCACACGUCUGUCCCAAUAUCCCGGGCAGGGCAGGUUGCGUACGGAACCCUCAGCCGAUUCGCCUGGGGUGUGGCACUCGCCUGGGUUGUCUUCGCUUGCAAGUAUGGCUACGGAGGUUGGAUCAACGGUUUCUUGUCGUGGUCCUUCUGGAUCCCCCUGGCUCGUCUCACCUACUCCGUCUACAUGUUCCAUCCCAUGGUUUUCAUCGUCUUCUACUACAACUUUGGCACGGCCAUUUACGAGUCCAAGUAUCUCAUGGCGUACUUUUUCGCAGGGAACCUACUGCUGUCGUAUGUCGUCGCGCUGUUUGUCGCCCUCGCUGUCGAGUAUCCAUUCGCGGGGCUGGAGAAGCUCUUCAUGCCGAAUAACCCCAAGGAGAAGCUGGAACGUUACCAUGGCGAUAUUCAAAACCUUAACCUUCGACUGUGAGACUUGCCCGAUGACUGUCAUGAAAUUGUAGCUUCUUCGGUAAAAACCGUGCUUCUGCAUAUAUUUUUUUUUUUAUAGAUAUUUAGUGUGGGGAAGUCUUAAAAAAAAAAAAAAAAUCAAGAAAAUGAUAUACUACUGGUGUACUUAUGGCUA